UGUAUUUAUUUGCCGAAAAACUUCAAGUGUCCUUGAUUUCAACGGUAGUUUUCGAAUGGUACAAAAUUCUUGUUCAUUAUUGCUAUGGCAACCAUGAACUGUUUAAACGAGAAAAAAUAUUAAAUUGAAGAAAUGGCAGCACCUUGUGCAGUCUUUCCCGAAGAAGUAGAUUAUUUUGUCGGAAGUCUACGAAGUUUUCAGGUGGCAGAUAUCGGCAGCAAAAGCUGGUUCGAUCAAUAUGAAAUAAUUUUGAAACUAACGCAGCAGUCAUACAUCGAGGCUAGCAUGAAACAGGAGGAAGUGAUCAAAGAGCGAAUGAUUAUUGAAAGUAAGCUUCCCGUGCUAGUACAUGAAAUAUUUUGCAUAACAAUCUGGAAAAGUAGAAUACUUCCUCAUUUGCUUCAAGGCGAAACUUUAGACGUUUCCUUCAUCUUAUACAGUGUUCUAUAUUAUGAAGUGAAUAUUGUAGCACUAUUAGAAACAACUUUAUUUCAUUAUCACAGUUGUGAGUCGCUUGGAGACAGCGCACUAGAUUUGAUUGAUUACAGCACGAAAAUGAUUGGAUAUCUGAUUGGUAUUGCUAAUCAGGAACGUUUACAUAAUACAGAGGAUGGGGAAAUGUUGAAUGAAUCAAUUCAGGAGGAAGUGAAACGUCUUAAACGCGAUAUAGAUUUCAAGAUAGCAUUAAAGUGUUUGACAAUUCUUAGUUAUCUUGUCGAUAACCUGGAAACUCUUCCUUUAAGUGCCAUAAAUCUUCUGAUGAAAACGCACGAUACACCUUGUUUGUUGGCAGAAAUUUUGCACGUUAAGCCAUGGCUUCGAAAACGUAAAGGUUUCGAAAAGUUUUUAAAUGAUCGUUGGGAACCCGUUGCUGGAGCUGAUGUCUUAAAUGUAACAAAAAGUGAAGCGCAAGUUUGGUUUUGCCUAUAUGGUUUGCUUUUUAACAAAAAUGUAAUGAUGGAAUAUGAAAUCACCGACUUUCGACAAAAAGCAAUUGGAAAAUGCAUUCGACUGCUAAACGAGCAUCUUUUGGAUCAGCUUCCAGCACUCGUUCAAUUAAAAGAGUUCCUUUGUUCUUUUCAAAUGAAGACAGGUUCGAAUGAAAGAAAACGCGCUAAUUUACUUUUGGAAGAAUUACCUGAGAUUAGCAAUAACAUAUGGAAAACUGCAAACAGCUUUGGAUGGAAUGAGAUAAUUAGGCUUCAUAAACAAAUUUUUGUUAAUAAAUCAUCACAGGAACUAUCGGAAAUAGCAAAAAGAUUAAGCACUGCAUACAAUACUGAUUUAUUGGAAAAAAUUUCUGUCAUAGAAAAAUCAGAUCUAAAGAAAUACUGUUUAACGUGUAAGAAAAUCGCUGAUAAGAGAUGCUCGAAAUGCGAGUCUGUUUACUAUUGCUCACGUGACUGUCAAGUCAAACAUUGGCCACACCACAAGGAAUUGUGUCAUCAGCUGAAGGCACUUUAAUGCAAUUCGUUUGAUUUUAGCGACGCGUAAUUAUUUAUUAACCAUGAAAAUACUUUCUAAAUUAACUUGACUGUCGCAACUGUUUCAUAUGCUCCUUGAUAACAUCAUGAGCAGGAGUUUCUUCUCCGUAUGCCUGUAAAAAUAAACAUUCAAAUAGAUAUUUCUCCUAAUAAAAAAAACAUACCUUUAACACCACGCA